CAAAAAUCAAAUCCCAAACAACUAAUAGUUGGAGGUGUGGCUUUCGAACGAAACUAUAAUUUCUAUUAAACUAAUCACACAAAACUAAAGUAUAAUGAAUACCAUAUCAACAUCACAGUGAAGACACCUAAUUAGUCUGAUAUGUGACUGUGACAUAAGUUUUUAAUAAAUAAAAACCUAUAUUUCGCUUAUUGUUUACUACUAAGGGCGUCAACCGUUUGUAUAUUUAAUAGGAAUUAUAAAUAAAUAUACACAAUGUACGGCCGAAAAACACCCACAACUUAUCGUUCCACACCUUCCGUGUAUUCCCAUUACACGGGAAAGUCAUCUACGAACCUACGAUCGUCGAAGUCUAUGAGAUCUUUGAAGGUUCCGUGGUACCAGAAACCCAUUUUACAUGACGCCUAUGUCCUCGAUCUACAAAGAGGUUCACUUCUCACUGGUUUUCUGUCAUUGUUCAUAGCCCUGUUUACUUUUGCCCAAAGUGUCUUUGACCUCUACUGCCUCGGCAUGGCCAGCCCUGGUGCUGUCCAUUACGGUUACUAUGUACUCAGCUAUCAAUUUGUAUAUGUCGGAAGCCCUGCUGUGCGGAACGUCCUGGUAGUGUUCUCGCUGUUCUCGUGGAUCGGAUCCGUGGCUGUUAUAGCCACAAGCAUCAUUUUGAUCAUAGCUCUGAGGAAGGAGUAUGAGAAGAGGAUCGUCCCCUGGCUGUAUUCCUUUGGGGUGUUCAUACUGUUCAGAUUCGUGGCCUUCAUAUUUGCUUCAAUAGUCAACGACAUGAUAUUUGCCUACAACAUCAUCAUGUGUCUGUGCUGGGUGGUGUUCUGUGUAACCGGAGUGUAUGGAUGGGUCCUGGUGUACAGUUUAUACCUUGAGCUGGCCGACCUGACCAAACUAGAGGAUUUGGCACAUCUCAGGAUGGGUACAAUGGCCUCGUUGAAUGCUUCAUUGGCCGGUUCAAGACCGACGACACCUCAUUCAACUGUGUCAACGAUGCCAGCCUCACAGAUAUGAUAUGAAGUUAGUGAAACCACACCUCUCACCGAGGUGGACGUUGACCCUGGAAGUCAGGGGGUGGAGGAGACGCCCCACAGACGAACCUUGGAGACGGAUGUGUGAAAACAACCUCUUACAAUAGUGUUAUAACAUAGGAGUUGUGUUCUUUAUAUAUAAGAUACCUAAAUGUUUAUAAGCAUCUGAUUAAUUUAGGCGAUAGUUAGGAUAUGGAAGAUUUUUAUUAAAAUAGGUUUUUAAAUUUAGCGCCAUCUAGUUGGGGCGAGGGGAAAUCACGUAAUAAUUCUUAUCAACAGCGCCAUCUCUUGACAGCUGUCGGAUGUUAAAUGUUUGAGAUUUUUUCGCAAAUAGAUUUAAGUCUUAAAAGCAUCUUUUCAAGCGAUAUUCACUGUGCACUAGAGUAGCCUGAAGUGACAACAAUUACGAAGCCCUUCUUAGUUUCGCUCUCCGUCCAAAUUCUUAUAAGUAUUUUAUUGGAUAGUUCUUAAUGUAAUUGUUAAUUGUAGUGCCUUAAAUGCGCCUGACGUAAAAACGACUUACCAAUAUUGAAACUUUAACUAAUAUAGUGGAAUAAUAAAUGUACUAAGUUAGAAUUAAUAUAUUGGUACAUUACUGAAUGUGUAACUUACGGGAGGUUGAGUAUCUCACAGAACUGUUUUAUACGCAAUCUACGUUACGUAUGUUUAGACACGAAUUAAUAUUUUUUUUUAUUGUUUUUCUUAUAACAAGUCCGUCCAUUUUCAAAUAUUAUAUAUUAUAUUAUGUA